GCUGCAAAGCGAGCGCGAGUGUAGACUCGUGCAGCGCUGGCCCCCGCCAGACCAGGUUCUCUCCAAGGAAAAAGUCUCCCUAGCCAAACCUCCCCCCCCCCUUCAUCUCCCGCGGGAAAAACUUAAAACCCUAGACUUGAACACUGUGUGCGUCCCACGUGUCCAAACUGCCGGCCCUGCGGGUUUGCGGAGCGCAGCCGAGUGAGAAAGAAAACUCCGGCAAAGAGUAAAUUGUGCGGGAGCCUGGGGAAGUUUUAAGGGAGAUCUGCUCAAGAUGGAAACCACAGCCAGGGCGCUAAGGACCGGCUUCUGCUCCGGCUUGCGAAAAGAGAAAGUCGAGCCCGCCUUCCUCCCCGACAAAAAAAAAAAACAAAACCAAACACAACACAACAACAAGCACCCCGAAGAGGGUGGAAUGAAUGAUGUCACAGAGCCGCGCUCCGAGGCUGACAAAGGGGGGGGGGCGCGCCCCUCCCCCUCUGCGCCUCGCGCGGCCCCGGAGCGGGGCGUCUCCAGCGCUGGGUAGCGAGGCGAGCGGUCGAAACUUUUCCUCUUUAAGAAAAAAAGUUGUGCACGGCUGGGAGCGGGUUUUUUCUUCGCCUUCUUUCCUCGUCUCCCCUCCCCCUUCUUCCUUUUGAAAGUUUUUUUUCCCCCGAGUUUGACCGCAUGGCUGAUUCAACUUCAGUGUCAAUCAACUUUUUUUUCCUCCACUUCCACAUUUAAAUAAGUUUUAAGCUCCUCCUCUUCCCCCGGCCCACCGAAUCUGAAACUAUAAAUUGGGCUUCGCGCGCCGCAGCCCGGGAGUCAGAAAGGCAAGGGGCGCCGGGCGCGGGCGUGUGGGACUCCUGACGGGAGAGCCGGAGGCUGCGCCUUCCCCGCAGCGGGACCUUCACCACCUACCAAAUUCUAGUCCCUGCCCCGUGCGAUCGCCCAGAAUGACCACCAUCUUCGACUUGAGCGAAGUUUUAUGCAAGGGAAACAUGCUCAACUACAGUGCUCCCGGUGCAGGGGGCUGUCUGUUGGACAGGAAGGCGGUGGGCACCCCUACUGGUGGGGGCUUCGCCCGGAGGCAUUCAGUCACCCUGCCCAGCUCCAAGUUCCACCAGAACCAGCUCCUCAGCAGCCUCAAGGGUGAGCCGGCCCCAGCUUUGAGCUCUCGGGACAGCCGCUUCCGAGACCGCUCAUUCUCAGAAGGGGGCGACCGGCUGCUGCCCACCCAGAAGCAGCCGGGGAGUGGCCAGGUCAACUCCAGCCGCUAUAAGACGGAGCUGUGUCGCCCCUUCGAGGAGAAUGGUGCCUGUAAGUACGGAGACAAGUGCCAGUUCGCGCAUGGCAUCAACGAGCUCCGAAGCCUGACCCGCCACCCCAAGUACAAGACGGAGCUGUGCCGCACCUUCCACACCAUCGGCUUUUGCCCAUACGGGCCCCGCUGCCACUUCAUCCACAACGCCGAGGAGCGCCGCGCCCUGGCCGGGGCCCGGGACUUCUCCGCUGACCGUCCCCGCCUCCAGCAUAGCUUUAGCUUUGCUGGGUUUCCCAGUGCCGCUGCCACCGCCGCUGCCACAGGGCUGCUGGACAGCCCCACAUCCAUCACCCCACCCCCCAUCCUGAGUGCGGAUGACCUUCUGGGCUCACCCACCCUGCCCGAUGGCACCAAUAACCCAUUCGCCUUCUCCAGCCAGGAGCUGGCGAGCCUCUUUGCCCCCAGUAUGGGGCUGCCGGGGGGUGGCUCCCCAACCACCUUCCUCUUCAGGCCCAUGUCCGAGUCCCCUCACAUGUUUGACUCUCCCCCCAGCCCUCAGGAUUCUCUCUCGGACCAGGAGGGCUACCUGAGCAGCUCCAGCAGCAGCCACAGUGGCUCAGACUCCCCCACUUUGGACAACUCAAGACGCCUGCCCAUUUUCAGCAGACUUUCCAUCUCAGAUGACUAAAGCAGGGUAGGGAGGGACCCCCCUGCCUGCCACCUCCCACCCCACCCACAUCCCCUGCCUUUGCCUCCCUCCCUGUCCAGCCCGACAUUAACAAGGUUAAGCUCAACCCCUUUUCCCCCAGAACCUUGGAAGCCUCCCUGCCGCUCCCCCUUCUUAACCCCCCCUCUCCCCCCAACAUAAGGACAAGUCAGUUUGUCGAUAGCUUCCUCUGGCUUGAAACCCCCUCCCCUCGAGUUUAUAACCCACUUACCAUGCAGAACAGACAAGUCCCAUAUUUGUCAGUAGAUGCCUUUUUUCUCCUCCCGGCUUAAGCCUUAAGUGCCAAAUCACAAAAGAAAAAGCAGUAACAGUUUACAGAAGCAACUUUAGUGCCUUGUAAUCUAACUUUGUCACUGUGACUACAUUACCUCUUCAGCGCCAGAGGGCACCCGUGGGCCUCCUGGAGCCUCUGCCCAUGGGGAGGGGGAGGGGGACCCAGAACCAGCAGCUCCCUCCACUGGCGACACAAGCACCUUCCCUAACACACCUCCCCUCUCUUCCCAGGACCCCCCCAACCCGUCAUCCCCCUUGGGAGAGUUGUUGCCAGACUUGGGUUUUUGGGGAAACCUAUCUUGACAUUCAAAACCUUUUCCUUCACGGCCCGAACCUCUUUGAAUAAUCUUGCCCGGGUUCAGUAGGUCUACAGGAAGGAAAACCGAAAAAGCGGACGAAGAUUGUGACAUAAGUGGGACUUUGUGAUUUUAAUUUUUUCAUUUUUUUUUUUUAAGUGGGGAGGAAGGGGAAGCUAGAUGGACUAUGAGAGACUUGAUUUUGGUGCUAAAGUUCCCCAGUUCAUAUGUGACAUCCAUAAAAAAAAUAACAAAAAAUGAGAGAAAAGCUAAAAAAAACCAUGUGAGGGCUGAGCAGUUAAUGGUAUCCAUUCCACAUACAAUAUCUGUAAGACGAUUUCCCGUAGAAGUAGCUUUAAUGGUUUUGCUCUAGAAUACCGUAGGUCUGUCCUUAGAGCACUCACGCCAUGCUUUUUUCCCUGGGUUUUAAACUUCAUAUAACUUUCAGAAAUUGGAGAGCAAAAAUUUUGCUUGUCACUGCACAUCAAUAUAAAAAAGCUUAUUUAACUUAUCAAAACGUAUUUAUUGCCAAACUAUGCUUUUUUUUUUUUGUUAAUUUUGUUCAUAUUUAUCGGGAUGACAAAUCCAUAGAAUAUAUUCUUUUAUGUUAAAUUAUGAUCUUCAUAUUAAUCUUAAAAUUUUGUGACGUGUCUUUUUCCUUUUUUUCCACAGUUUUAAUAUAUUAUUCUUCAACGACAUUUUUUGUAACUUUACACUUUUUUUGGUUAUUUUAUUUUAAAAAAAUGAAAAAUUAAUUUAAAAAAAAUGCAAAAAACUGUUGGAUUAUUUAUUUUAGAAAUUUCCCCCCUUUGUGUUGGACUGCAAAUUGAGUUUCUUUCUCUUUAGGCCUUUCACAACUAGGACUGAGAAUGUAUGUAAAAGUUCUGUGACAGUACAGAAGGAAAACAACUUUUUAUGUAUAGCUUCUAAAAGGGAAAAAAAAUAAGAGAAAACCCUUUGACUUCCAUGUGCCCGUUUCAAGACAUUCCGAUCACAGAUUUGAGGUUCUGGAUUCCAGGUUUGGAGUUUUCCAACGUGACUUCAGACAGAACUGGUGCACACACACACACACACAUACAUUAAGAUGAAUGUAAUUAUUAUUCCUCUUGCUGGUCACUACCGUCGCUUUCUAUUUCUCUUUCUUUGUGUGAAUUUAUUUAAAAGAAGAACUUUUUGUAACGACUAUUUGCAGUUUAAAAAAAUCAAUAAACCCCAUUUUUUCAAGAAA